AUGGAAUCAGGCAAAAGAAGUCGAUCCUCAUGUUCAUCAACAUCUGAAGCAAGGUCUCAUUCCACUUACAAUCAAGAUGCAGGGCACUUUGAGUGGCAGGAAGGGCAAAUGAUUAACGAUCGCUACAAAGUCAAAGGGCUCCUAGGGGAUGGAACCUUCGGACGAGUCCUAGAAGUUGAGGACCAAGAUGGCUCUUUUAAAGCUCUAAAGGUCAUUCGAGCAGUCAAGCGCUACGUAGAAGCUGCCAAGAUCGAAGUUGAGAUACUGCACAGAAUAAACCGAGCAGACCCAACCCACCAAUCUAACAUUGUCCAGUUAUACGAAGAUUUCCCCCUAGGCGGCAACUAUUGUCUCGUCUUUGAAAAACUGGGAAGAAGCCUGUUCGAUAUCAUCAAAUUGAAUGAGUACAAAGGUAAUAAAGAUGUAGGCUUCAGAAUGUGGCAGGUUCAGGAAAUUGCUGAACAGCUUUUUAAAGCGAUUGACUUCAUGCACACUCUGGGUCUCACGCAUACCGAUCUUAAGCCUGAAAACAUCCUCUUGGUGAAUGAUGAACUGAGAUUUGAUGAAGAAAAAGUAAUGAGUGAUAAAGAAAAUAAACCUCCCCGUUGACUGCACAAUUCGGGUUAUUGAUUUCGGUGGUGCCACAUUUAGAGAGGACCAUCAUUCAGUUAUUAUCAAUACAAGGCAGUACCGCGCACCUGAAGUCAUUUUAGGUAGUUUUUACUUACUCUUCAGUUUAAAUGAGUGAAUGCUUUUUUUUAUAUAUUAUAUAAAAUUUAUAUCGAUAUUAAUAUAAAGAUAUUGGGAUGAGAUAGAACUUGGCUGGGAUACUAUGUCAGAUCUCUGGUCCUUGGGAUGCAUUUUGGUCGAGCUUUAUACAGGAGAACUGCUCUUCCCAACACACAAGAACUUUGAGCAUUUGGCAAUGCUAGAAAAGGUGCUUGGGCAUAUGCCAGCUUGGAUGGGGAAGCGCUGCUCGUACAGCUAUAAAAAGUACUUCGACCGAGAUUACUUUUUGAAUUAUCCAGAAAGGGCAGAUCAUGAAACCAGAAGAAAUGUAAGACACCUACUUUGUUUAGAAGUAAGUCAAAAUUAGGAAUUGAUACCUUCAAAGUAUCGGGAGUUUCGGCACCUUAUUUACGAUCUCCUAGAAUUCAACCCAAAUCGAAGAUUGAGAGCAAAAGAUGCACUUCGGCAUAGGUUUUUUGAUGCUGACUACAGACCGAAACGUAGUGAAUAA